AAGAGGAUCACCCUCAGCUCAUCGUCUCAUUGCAAUACCCUUGACGAUCAACAGUUCAUCGCGUAAAUGCCUCUAAACCCGCGCGAUUAUUAGUCGGAGCGCGCGACGUCGAGUCGCAGAUCUUCGCUUGCGCUCAUAAUGACUAAUAAACCAAAACGAUUGUCGUCUUCACUCAUGGAUGCUCUUAAUGUUGUAUGUUGAUUUGUCUUAUCGACAGGGUCAGGAGACUGUAUUCAUAUUGGAUUAUAGCAUUGCCCGUGUUUAUUAUUCCUCCUGCGUGUUUGUGACUGAAGACGCUCCAUAUAGGGUGGAUUAUUCCCGCUUUUGAAUAUCAUGUUUUUGGCCCUUUUAUCGUCUGGAAAGAUGGCAGCUGAUUAAAUUUUAAUCUUGAUGCAUUCUGGCGACACGGGAGGAGAAGAGGAGAAGCGAGUGAAUCGGGGAGGAGAGGGCGAGGAGAUGUAGGGUGGAUACAGAAGGUUCAGCUGACGUUACAGGAGACUGUCCCGCCCCUUUCACCUUGUCCGUUCCUCUGUCCUUACUAUGGCGCUGUCACUCUGGAUACUGUGGAUGAGUCCUGUUUUGCUUAGCAACAUCGCUCCCUCCGAACAAGGUCUGAGUCGAGCGGCGAUGCCCUUCGGUCUGAUGAGGAGAGAGCUGGCGUGUGAGGGAUACCCCAUCGAGCUGCGCUGCCCAGGAAGUGAUGUCAUCAUGAUCGAGACGGCCAACUACGGCCGCACCGACGACAAGAUCUGCGACGCCGACCCCUUCCAGAUGGAGAACGUGCAGUGCUACCAGCCAGACGCGUUCAAGAUCAUGUCACACAGGUGUAAUAACAGUGUGUGAUAAUCAUGAU